GCAGAUAUCAAUGAUCCUUCAGCAAGAGCACUGGUUGAGGAAACACAAGCAUUAUACCAGACACUCAGAGAUAUUUCUCAGUCUAUAUUGAAUGAUGAAAUGAUACCAUCUGAGGCAUUAAGUGGUGCAGAAAAUUGUCACCACCAGUCGAGAUCCCGUUCACCAUGUUAUGCUUCGAAUCCUAAGAUGGUGACCGGCAGUUUCCGUAACUCUAGAGCAGGAGCAUAUGGUCGCACCGGAUCACCGCCACCACCAAUUAAUAAUACAAGUGCUUGUUACUGGGGUGAUUCAGCACUAUCUGCUGUUCAGGCUGCGAUUCAUAAACGUGGACUUCAGGUUUCUGAAUUAACGGCCAAGUUGAACAAUACAAAAGAUCAAUGUGACUCAAUGAAACAUAUGUUAGAUGAUAGUGAAAAUGAAAGAAGAAACUUAGAACGUCAACUAAUGAACAUGCGUGCAGAACUAGACAAUAUGAGAAGAGAAAAAGAAGAUAUGGGAAGAGAAGUAAAACGAAUCACAGCAAAUAUUCAAACUUUGGAUAACGAAAGAGCUGAUCUUGAAAGAUCACGUUCAAAUACUUCUGAAGAACUAAAAAGCUUACAGAGCGAACUAGAACGUGUUCAAAGCGCUUAUAAUGAAUUGCGUAAAAGUAAAGACACAUUAGAAGGAGAAUUAACUUGUGUUCAACGUGAUGCUGAAAGAUAUUUACGAGAGUCUGAACGUUGUCAACGUUGCAUUGAUACACUUGAAGAACGCUUAUCAGCUGAGCGCGAAGAAGUAGCAAACUUACGAAGUGCUCUUCAAAAAUCCAAAUUAGAGGCUGAAAUUAGAGCCAAAGAAUUCGCAGAUAUUCAAGAUGCCCUAUCAAGAGCUGAAACACGGAAGGCAGAAUAUGAAGCUGAAAUAGCACGAUUACGAUCAGAUGAAGCAGCACUAGGUGAACAUUUAUCCAAAUGUCAGAGUAAACUAGAAGAGGUCUCUAACAAAAGGUCGAUUCUUCAGAGCCAGUUGAAAAAUCAGGAAGCCGAAUACAACCAACUGGCAUCUGAUUAUCGAAAUGCUGAUGGAGAUCGUUCCAGCCUGAAAGAAGCACUUAUUCAAAUGGAAUCACAAAAGAAUGAAGUAAUUUAUGAGAAGAACAGCAUUUCUCAAUCUUUAACGAUAUCUGAAGCUGCCCGUGAAAGACUGGAAGAAGAAAUCACCAGUUUGAACAGAGAAAAAUUAGAAAUUACGGAACAGUUGAAUGCUAUUACAAGACAAAAAAAUGGUCUCACCAAUGAACUGAUUCAAAAGAAUAGAGAUUAUGAACGAAUUCGUGAUGUUGUUGGACGUUUGAAUAGAGAAAAAGAAGAUUUAACAAAAGAGAAAGGUGAACUUUCAGCAAAAAUCACUGCACUUACUAGAGAAUUAAAUCAAACUUACGAUUUACUUACAGCAAGUAAAAAAGAACAUAAAAAUUUAGACGCUGACUAUUAUGAAGCGAAACAACAGAUAAUGCAAUUGGAAACUAAACGAGACUUAUUAGAAAAUGAAUUACAAGAACAAAAUUUAAAAAGAGAAAAUUUAUUAGUUGAAUUGAAACGUACUCAAGCAGACCUUCAACAUGAAAUUGAACGUGGACUUCAGGCUCGUGAACAAGCUUCACAGGCUUUACAGAAGCGUGAAGACGAAUUGCAAGGAGCAAUUAGGCUAUCAAAAGAGGCAGCUGAAAAGGAAAUAUCCAGAUUGAGAAAUCAGUUAACUGAAUGUAGACAAUUAUCAGAUAAAGAGUUAAGAGAUCUUACAAUGAAUCAUAAAGAAGCUAUUAAAAGUCUGAUGAAACAGAGUGAACAAGAUAAACAAGAUUUUGAUAAUGAACUCAUGAAACUUCAACGAGAAAAAGAUGAAAUAACUUUAGCAUAUGAAGCAGACAAACAAAAUUUAUUGUCAUUCAAUGAACAAGAACGUGUUACCGUACAUGAACGUUUAAAUAAGUCUUUACAACAAAUUCAAGGAUUAGAAUCAGAAAUCGAGAGAAUUAAACGUGAAGCAUCAGCUCGUCAUGAACGUGAUGACAUUGCCAAAGCUGAAUUAACACGAGAACUGAAAGAUUUUCGUCAACAUUAUGAAGAGACUUGGUAA